AUGGUGGAAGUAGUCGGGACCGGAGGAAAAAUAGCGAGGCAGGGCAUCAAGAAAGAAGCCGAAGCGUCCAUGUCUAUGGCGCUGCCGAGGCUGAUCCGCAUCUCCUGCGUUGAUCGCGACGCGACGGACUCCUCCGGUGAUGACUCGCCGCGGCUGGUGGCCCGUCGAUACGUGGAGGAAGUCCGCAUCGAGCAGCAGCCGAGGACCACAGCGUCGCCGCCGGAAGCUCCUUGCCGCGGAGGUGAUGUCCUAGUAGGCACCAAGAGGAAACCCGGUGGUAUGGACGCGGCAGAAGAACGUAAGUACCGUGGGGUGCGGAAGCGGCCGUGGGGUAAGUACGCGGCCGAGAUCCGCGAUCCGAACAAGGCCGCGCGGGUGUGGCUCGGCACUUUCGACACCGCCGAGGAGGCUGCCAGGGUGUACGACAGCGCCGCACUCCGGCUCCGCGGGCCUUCAGCGACAACAAACUUCCCUGCCCCGUCGUCGCCUUCUGCCACCAUGGCCGACAUCGACCAUGAUGCCAACAACCUCCUCGCCUCCUCCUCUGAGGAGUCCAGCGACGAGUCACAGCAUGUCGGCUCACCUGUCUCCGUUCUUCGGACGCCGGCCGAGACGGCGACGACCAUCGCCAAUGGCGGUAAGCCCGAUGAGAUGAUUGAUCCCCUGAGUUCGACUAUGAAUCUUUCGCCCGACAGAUUGCUCCAAGAGGAGACGUGCUGCAAUGGCAGCGGCGUGUUCUCUCCAUUCUGCACUGCCGAUGUGAUUGUACCGCCGGAGGAUGAAGACUGCAUGUUCCCUGGUCUCUCAUUCGCUGCGCCGCGGAUCCUUGACCACGAUGACUACCCAAUAUCAUCGCACCUUGAGUACCACUCCGCCGCCGAGCCGGUGAGCUUGCUGGACCUGGGAGAGCUGCCGAUGUGGCAAGAAGUGGAUUGCUUCUUCAGUGAUCAGUGCGGCAACAACAUCGAUAGUUCAUCAGGUUACAGGCGCGGGUUACAGGCAGUCUACAGCGGGGGCGAGUGGGCUGGUCUCGGUCGCCGGUUACAGGCAGUCCGCAGCCGUGCUGCAGGAAAUAGCUCGGGCAGGAGAAUCAUUGUGAGCAUCCUCGACCUGGAGUCGUCGUGGCGCCACCGAUGUGAUGGACCAGCCCUUUUCCAAGGCCCUCAAUGCUGCUACAGGUUGUUCAGCAAAGAGAGUUUGGAGGAGUUCGACUGA